CAGGCGGUCAGCUACUGCAAGCCCUCUUCUCCCGUCGGAUUACAGCCGAGGCACCACGCUAAAGAACGCUUACCGAGCCAUAAAACGUCGAAUAAAGCCAAUACUUCCCAUUGCCGUUACCAAAGGUAGCGUACACUUUUCUCCAGCAUGCCAAAAAAAAGUGAAUAGAGAAGAGACCCCUUUAGUAGAGAAAUGGAUCAGUCUCGGCCGUCCCGUCAGCCAGGAGGAGUCCCUCAGAAUGCUGUGCCGGUGAUGAACUCCAGGCAGGGUAAUAAUCCCACCGAGAGAAGCGUCAUCAGCGGAGACAAAGAUCAGUCAGGGAGGCUGCAGAGACGCACACGUCCGUCGGAGGCCCACCGCUCCUGGGCUGAAGAUGAGGGGUUGAGCUCCUCCGUGGAAGGAUGUGGCCCCUAUGGUCAAAGCCCUUUGCUCCAGGACAUGCAGGCAGAUGGAAUGAUGUACAACCACGGCGCCUAUGAGCAGGCCGAGGGCAACUACCAACGGCGGCUCGCAUCUAAUGGGAACGGACCGCAGUCUUCCUCUCCAAGAAGCCCAAAAACCAGAGGCUACAUGACCUUCCAGGCCAGACGUGGGCGCGGUCCGCAGCAGGAUCAGGGACCCCCCGUCGCCACGGUGAAAGUCUCCGGGACCUCCCCCCGUCAGUACAGUAGAGGCCGCAAUCGCACCUCCUCUGAAACCGAGCAGGGGGGCAAAGGCAGCAGGGGCCCGACCCAGAGGAAGAGGGUCUUCUCUGAGACGGAGAGCAGGCCUAGAUGGGACAAGUAUGGCACCUCUCACGGGGAAUGGGAGAGACGUGAUGUGUGUUUUCCGGCUAAUUAACUGCGUUUUCUUUUGUUUUUUUGUCAUGCAUUUUUGUUUGUGCAUUCGUGCUAACUUGUGCACCGUGUGUAAUAUCUUUGAGCUGCAGGUUUGGAGAUGAAUAUUUGUUUGGAUUUUUUUCUCAGCAUCACAGCAGGCCCUUGCAUUUCUUUAACGGCUACUAAGUCUGACCUAUUGUCUCAUUGGCGUACAACCGUCAUGUACUCGCAUGUAUGGUCAACUAGGUUGUUUUGACAAUGGCACAAUGAAGGGGACCCCUGCUAUCACUAAGAGGGGCUUCUAGCGGGCAGAGACAACCCUUUUGUUCAGUAAUCCAGACUUUGCAGAGCAGGCAAACUGUGUUUCCCUGACUGAGGAAUGUGUAGAUGCCCGUCUGCUGCGGUAACCUGUCAGCAAAACGACAAGGGAGGUUUAGCAUUUUAUGCAGUAGUGUGUUUUAUUUAUUCUGACAUUCAUUUGUUUACUUGGUUGGAACUGUCUGCAUUACGCUUUGUUCUGUCACUUUGUGUCCAUUCCACGCACAACUCCAUCUGUGGCUCUGCAUGAGGUUGUUACCCUUAAUGUGCUGUUCCCAGUGUUCUGUCACUCGUUAUUGUGCUGGCUGUAAACAACUAAACCCCUGAUCAUGGCUGUUGGAUGUCGAUCAAUGUUUUGUUUUUUGCAUCUUAUUUCUCCUACAUUUCUG